UUCUCUUUUGCAGGAUUUCCUACUGAGACUGGGUCUUUACAUUUUCAUACCAAGAUGACACAAUCCAUCAACAUAAGUAAUAACCUUCCAGAUCUAGGAGCUCCUUUCUUAUACUGGGAUCGUAAUGAAAAUGACAAGACAUCCUACUGUGUGGAAACGCCAUAUGGAUUUCAAUUGGAUUUGGACUUUCUAAAAUAUGUUGAUGAUAUCCAGAAUGGUCAGACUUUGAAGAAAAUGUCUCUUAGCCGAAAACUAAGGUCAACACGGCGCUCUACAUCAUCUUUAAGAAGCUUAUCCAGCCAAACUGGAAUUUCAGUUUCAACAGAGUCUUUGGAUUAUAGUGAGGAUGGCACCUCAUCAGACUCAGUUUUUUUCACAAGAGAUGUUGUAGAUAAUAGCUACUCCGGUGCGUCCAAACAGGCUUUGGGUUUAAGAAAGUCAAAUCCAAUAUCGCCAACACCCUUGUUUAAACUUCUUCCGCCUCCAUCAGCAAAGUCACUUCUAAAUGCUCGUCUUGAGAAAACACUUGAGGGUAGAAAAAAACAAGAGCAAAUAAUUGUAGACUAUGAAAAAAUGCAGUCUUCAAAUCUUUCUAAGCUUAGUACAGCUAGUAGAAGUUCACCCAAUCUCACCCAAGGGACUUUAUCAACUUUGCAGUAUAAUAAAAGUGGGGACAGACGUCCAAUCCUAAGUCCUACCUCCAUAGGAUCUAUGAAAUUCAGUCCUGUGAGUUCUGGAAGAAAUACUCCAGUUGAUACUUCUUCAUCAACUCAUCUUCAGUACAUUCGGGAGCAGAUGGCUGCUUCGUUGAAGCAGCUGAAAGACCUUGAAGAACAGGUAAAAGUCAUUCCUCUCUUACAGAAGCAAAUGUAUACACUUGAAAGAGAGAAAAAGCAUCUUACAGAUGAGCUGGAGAAGCACAAGGCAUAUACCAUUGGGAUGUCAUCAACUGCUAAUUCUAGCCUCCAUGAUAUUGAUGUAAGGAAAAGGCUUGAUGCUAUAUCUGAAAAUGACAUUACAUUGGAAACUAAAACAACCAAAUCUGAAAUUAGAUUAGAGUCUGGAUUAUCUAAACCAAGUAAAAUUACAGAGCUGAAAAGACUCACAGAGAAAUUAAGUGAUACAGAAAGGAAAACAAGUAAUGGAAAAGCAGCAACUGACAAAACACUUGUUCGGUAUCCGGCAGUGAAGGAAAAGUCCAGAAAGUCUGUAGCAGUCGGUGAGAAUAUUCCUAUGGCAGAGUCUGUGUUUUACUAUAGAUCUCAUCAUGAAAAUAAAGAUGUUGCAGUACAAUAUUCACCUGAAACAACAGAUGUUGGUGUUUGGGUAAUGGAACCAUUAUUAGGACUAACCUGUGAAGCUGAGAAGGAAAUACAGAUAUUGGAACAUACAAUAGAACAUCAAAGAGCAGUUAUCAAAAUUCUUGAAAAUAAUCUUCAGGCUGCCUGUGAUGAAAUGGAUGAGCUAAGGGUAGCUGUUGCCACCAGAACAGUUAUAGCCAUGCAACCAAACCCAGUGGAAGCAUUAGCAGAUGUUACUGGUCCAAAGCCAUCAGAAGAAUACUUACAAAUGGUGGACACAAGAGUGCUUUUUGAUCCAGAAAUGUCUGCAAGUGGCAUUGGCAGUGACAUUGAAUUAAAUAGAAUAGAUCACUUGGAAGAUGAAACUGUUGUAGAUAUGAUGACUGAAGGUAGAGAAAUAAGCGUAAGUGCACAUUCUAAAGGACAUUUAAUACUCAGUAGCAAUGGAUUUGAUACUGUAAGUGUACCAACUUCUGAGCAUGAACUGAUAAACGUAGGUAGGGAUGAGGUGGAUAGUGCUGACAAUAAGGAUGUCAAGUGUAAUAUAUCUGAAAAAGAUAUCAAGGAUGGUGAAACAAAUGCCACUGGGGCUUCUGCAGGAGAAAAGAACAAAGCAUUAAUGCAUUUUCAGAGUUCAGAAGAAAUACUGGAGGAUAAUGCAGAUGAAGAUACAGCUGGAAGCAGGACAUUAAAAUCUUUAGAUGAAGUCAUUAUGAGUUGCGCUCAGGUUCUUGCCAGCUAA